AAGACGGAAGAGAAAGCGUAUCCGACCCCCUAUCGCCAUCCGCAAAGUUUACAUGAGCCGCAUUCCUCUGGAGCUUCAGGCAGUUUUUCUGGCCUCAAACCAAGGUGAAGAAGUACACAAACCCCCUUCUAAUCGCAGCGCAUUUAAACUCUUCCAGAAUCUUUUUGGAGGUUUUGGAAGGCGUAAGCGAACGAAGCGACCGAAUUUGAAGAGGCUCGUGAGCCAAUCUUCGUUUGAUACUGUUGGAACUGUAGUCAAUGAAGACCUCAGCGCAGACACUCCUUCAGAUCAAGAGGUGGAGAGCGUUCCGACCUCACCUCACGAGUUCUUGGAAUCCAUUCUUAAGUCUCGGGGCUAUUGUACCAAGCAAUACCCUGUCCUUCAAUCAGCUUUCUUCAAUCAGCCCACCCCUCUCCAGCUUGCAUCUUACGAUGUAAAGUUGAUCGAUCUUCUCAAAAGACAAGAUGAAGAAAAGAUUCGAGAGAUUUUGUCCUGUGGAGUUUCAGCGAAUGCAUGCAACAUUCACGGAGAGUCUCUUAUGCACAAGGCCUGCCGUAUGGGCUUUCAUCGAAUUCUCCAGAUCUUUAUUGAUUUUGGUGGAGAAAUAAAAAUAUCGGAUGCUCAAGGUCGCACGCUGUUGCACGACACGUGCUGGGGUGCCCGGCCUUCCUUUCAAGCAUUUUCGCUCUUGAUUCAACGUGAACCGAGCUUACUCUUCAUGGCGGACUGUCGAGGGGUUUGUCCACUCGACUACGUCCGUAAGGAUCACUAUAUUUUUUGGAUUGAUUACUUGGAGUGUAUUGUGGACAAGUACUGGCCACCAGUCCAGUCCGCUCCUUUGCCACCAGCCGGGAUUCAUCAAGCAGCGCACUCAAGGCCGAUGCCGGAUCCAGAAAAUGCUUUACCAUUGGACGUGGCGUCCAUGGUAGCGUCCGGCCGACUCACACCUAAAGAAGCGCUCUUUCUUGCCGCCGACAAUAUUGAGGAUGAUGAUUCUUGCUCCUGCAGCAGCGAUGAUGAAGGAAGCAGCGACGACAAUUCCGAUUCCGAGUCAGACGACGAUUCGUUCAGCGACGAUGACGAGAAUUCUUUAAUUGAUGAAUUGGAAGAAAAGGAGCUUCUGGCGGACCUGGCAUAUUCCGUGGUAGCUUUCCGUUUGGAAUGAGUUCAUAGUGUACAUUGAGAAAAAGGCAUUCACAUUAGCUAGAGAGAGCAAUGAAAAUUUUAGGACUUUGUAAAUCU